UCGAUUGCUCCAGCCUUUCCAAUAUGUCUGCGCCCUUGUCCUGUCAGUGACCGCCGAGUGGGGAUGUUUGCGUUGCGGACAGCCGUGUUCGAGGUCCUGGGCCUGGGUAUCAGGGCAGGGCCCAGGCUGGUGUCGGCUGGAAGGGAAGCAGCCAAGUGUCAGACAUGCUUCGGAGACGCGAGGUCGCUGGCAGCAAGGGCAAGUCUUCUCCAUGUGUCCAGGACGUACGCCACGGUGAAGUCUCCUGGGGGGCCAAGCCAGCUGGAUGACUUACCUCCUACAAUGUUUAAGAAGGAGUAUCUUGGAAUACAAAACACAGAAGGGGUUAAUGAUGUUGUUAAACGAUUAUUGUCUCUGGAUAUGGCAAGUCAGUCUGAUAAACUGAAGAUUAAAAUCCAGCAGCUUAAGGAUAAAGUGAGGAGAAACCCUGAUGACCAUACAUCUACAGAAAUCUAUAUUGCUACUUUAACAGCUAGAAUCCAAAAUUUUAAGGAGCAUCUUCAAAAUCAUCCAAAGGAUAAAGCAAACAAGAGGCGGAUGCUAAUGUCAAUUGAUCGGAGGAAGAAGUUGUUAAAGUUCCUGCGUCGCACCCGCUAUGAUGCAUUUGAACAUGUAUGCGCUCAGCUUGGCAUUGAAUACACCUUUCCUCCAGAAUACUACAGACGAGCAACGAAACGAUGGAUAGCAAAGAAAGCUUUCUGCUUGCAGGUAUACAAAGAAGCAAAGAAACUGAAAGAAAAAGAACUAUUGCAAAGGAAGAAGCGUAUUCCUAAGGCCCACUCUCCUCUCUAUGUGUUUCCCCAACCAUCCAAUUGAGUUUGAAAUCACAUUUUGCUAUCCCCAUGAUGAAUUAAAGGGCAUCUGUCAGUAGAAACUGGCUGACCUGUUACAUGUGCGCCUGGCAGCUGAAGGCAUCUUUGUUGGCCCCGUUUUCAUAUGUGCCUGCAUUGCUGAGAAAUGUGUUUUAAUAUAUGCAAUUGAGCCUUUAGGAGCAACAGGGUAUUGCCAUUACUACCCUCUCCUCUCAGGACCAGGUGUGAUGUUUUCACUGCCUGGCCCUGUCGAGGUGCAGCAGUUGCAGAGAGAGCCGAGUCUCUAAAAAUUCUCAGUGCAGGCGCAUAUGAACAUGGGACUGACCCAGAUGCCUUCAGUUUCCUAGCACACGUGUAACAGGUCAGCCAUUUUCAUGGGGACAAAUCUGCUGACCAAUGCCCUUUAAAUAUUUCUCCUAAUUAACUGCAAACUUUGAGCUUUACCCUCUGAAAACAUUAUUGUAACUCCUCAAUAAAUAUGCAUUUUGUUA